CCGGGCGGAAGUUGCCGCCGCGUUUCCGGUUCCGGGGGCGUCAUGUCGGUGCUGGCCUCCAACCCCAACAACCCGGUCGUUUUCUUCGAUGUCACCAUCGGCGGGCAGGAGGUGGGCCGCAUGAAGAUCGAGCUGUUCGCCGACGUGGUGCCCAAGACGGCCGAGAACUUCAGGCAGUUUUGCACAGGUGAAUUCAGGAAAGAUGGUGUCCCUAUAGGUUACAAGGGGAGCACUUUCCACCGGGUGAUAAAGGAUUUCAUGAUCCAGGGAGGCGACUUUGUAAAUGGAGAUGGCACUGGGGUGGCUAGUAUAUACCGAGGUCCCUUUGCAGAUGAAAACUUCAAACUCAAACACUCUGCUCCUGGACUCUUGUCUAUGGCAAACAGUGGUCCAAGUACAAAUGGGUGUCAGUUCUUCAUCACAUGCUCCAAAUGUGACUGGCUAGAUGGGAAACAUGUUGUGUUUGGUAAAAUCAUCGAUGGGCUCCUGGUUAUGAGAAAAAUUGAAAACGUACCAACUGGUCCAAAUAACAAACCCAAACUGCCUGUAGUGAUCUCGCAGUGUGGUGAAAUGUAGAGCGGUGAAAGCAGAAGUCUUGGUCUGGUCACUGUUCCCACAUCACCCGUCCCUGCAGCUGCCUCAGCCUAAUCCUGCAGGUUACAGCUGUGCUGUUGCCACUUCACAGGCAUUUCAGAUAUUCCAGGUCUACAACUUCUUUUU